UAGCAUUAGCUGAUGACUGUUGUCUCCCUCCAUGCUGAUUGGACAGCUGAACGAGAGUUUCUUUGAAGGACAGUCCGCUCCGUGGGAUUCAGCCAAAAAGGACGAGAACCGCAUGAAGAAUCGCUACGGCAACAUCAUCGCCUAUGACCACUCUCGUGUGCGUCUGCAGCCUCAGGACGGAGAGAGCGGAUCCGACUACAUCAACGCCAACUACGUGGACGGUUACCACAGACCCAAUCACUACAUAGCUACUCAAGGUCCUAUGCAGGAGACUGUGUAUGAUUUCUGGAGGAUGGUUUGGCAGGAGAACACCGCCGCCAUUGUCAUGGUAACCAACCUGGUGGAGGUGGGACGGAGGUUUCAGCCUGUAACAGUCCAGAUAGCAGUGGGUGAUGGUCUCAGGGUGGAGACAGAAAGGACACGUGGAGGACACGGUGGGAUUAAUCUUAGACAGGAACACAUUCACGGCCAGAGCCCCGUGGAGGAUCCUCCACUGCAGGUCUCCUGA